CGAACAAAAAAUGAACUGUAAACGCGAUCACGGCCGCGGCUAAGGUCAAUGUUAGCGCUUCCUUCAGUGCACGUUCAGAGAAGAGCGCGUGCGCAUCCUACCGCGCAUGCGCCGUACACUACCCGCCCAGAGCCGUAAUGUAAUAUUGUACCGAAUUACCGCACUAACAACUUGAGACACUUCGAUUCGUUCGCGCAUUUUUUUGUGGACUAUGAACAAUUUUUUUUUCGAGUGUGUGCCUACACUAAACAAACUCACGCGCAGUGAUUAAUACAUAACGACAUUUCACCGGACGAUCGAUCACGCACAGCCGAUAUUUCGUUGGCGACAUCACCGACCGAUAAUCGAACCGACGUCCCGACAUUUUUUUUCUUAUACUAAUUUAUUUAUCCUCAUUAAGUGUGAUGGACGAGACCGGUCACAUUUUUAAAUAUAACUCAUUUAUGUCGUGACUGUGGAACUUUGAAGAAAGACUGUGUUAUUUUUUGAAAAAAUGGAGACUUUGGUGUUGAUUCCCCAAGACUUGAGCCUGGCUUUGAGGCCUGGUGGUGCGAGAGGCCGUGAGGCUUCUGUCAGCGUGUGGACUUCGGCUGAGCUGCCUCGAGGGUCACUGUUGUAUCCCUUCCAGGGUACAAUAAGGAUCGAUAAGCUACAUGUUUACACAUACGUGCCGGAUCAUGACAUCCGGCAUCGUUUCGGGUUGUUUGACGAAGUAUGCACGUCUGGUGGUGUGCAAGUCCGACACUGUAACUGGGUUCGGUUCCUGCGAGUGUCAGAUAACUAUGGACCACAAGUAAACCUAGUCUGCACGAAGGUCAAGGGUGAACCGGUCUACGAGGCGGUGAAGCCCGUGUCUGCGCACACAGAGCUGGUGGUCUACUACCUUCCUGAAAGACCUGAGGAGAUGUUCUUCGUGAAGAUGAGGAAUAACCUGUAUAGACAAACGAUGGACUCAAUAUUAGAAGAUUCACCGUUAGAUCUAUCCACAUCCCUCCUUUCGAGGGUCCUCCUCCCAAUUUCCCCUCCUUCUGGUGCAGAAGAUGAACACAAGUCUGUAUCGGGAGACUCCUUAACGUCAUCAUCAGCCGGUUCAUCAAAUGAACUCCUGGAUAUGACUCCAAAAAUCCAAAGAAGACCAGCGAAGUCUGAGAGAGCGUUGCUACCUUGUGAAGUGUGUGGGAAAGCAUUUGAUAGACCUUCCUUAUUGAAACGGCAUAUGAGAACGCAUACUGGUGAAAAACCCCACGUGUGCAUGGUCUGCAACAAGGGUUUCAGCACAUCAAGUAGCCUGAACACCCACAGACGCAUACACUCCGGGGAGAAACCACAUCAGUGCCAGCACUGCGGGAAGAGGUUCACUGCCAGCUCCAACCUGUAUUACCAUCGAAUGACGCAUAUAAAGGAAAAACCCCACAAAUGCAGCCUCUGCUCGAAGUCCUUCCCCACGCCGGGAGAUCUGAAGUCUCACAUGUACGUGCACUCUGGCUCCUGGCCUUACAAGUGUCACAUAUGCUCUCGAGGCUUCUCCAAGCAUACUAACCUGAAGAAUCAUCUGUUCUUGCAUACUGCCAAACAUCAAAGGAACAGUGCAAGGGAUGCUACCUGAAUUCUGAAAAUAUAAAUUAUGUAUACAUUUUACGUCAAGUAUUGAUACAUUAAUACAUUUUUCUUUAUAUUCAAGACUUUACUGUCUUAAGAAAUAUAAAAGUGUGAUAUUAGACUAAUUAGUUAUAAGUGUUAACUAUUUAAGUUGUAUUUAUGAUUUGCUUAUUUCACUUUGAUAUUAAAAAUAGGGGGUCAAUGACAUCAGUAAUAUUGGGGAUUUUUCUAUAAUUUAGAUUUUUUUACUAAGUGUAAAUAAUAUUGUUGAUAAUGGUUUUUGAUAACUUAAUUUUGGGGUGUAAAGUAUCUUUUUAAAUUAAUUUAUGUUAGUGUUUUGGAAAAUUAAAUAAGCAAACAUGUUUUUUUUAUGAAUGUAUGGAGUAACAUUUGUACGUUAUAAUUAUUUUUAGCAUUUGCUAUUUAUUGUAAAAGUUAUAAGGUUCAAUAUCAAGAUUAUAUUAUUUUGAUAACCGUAUUAUCGU